GUCACGCUGGAGGAGGCGCCCCCCGCCGCGCAGGGAUGCGGGGACGAGGCCUUCGGGUCGGACGCGUACCUGCUGUGCCUGGCGCGGCGCAGCACCAGCACCAUGUGGCACUGGGCGGCCACCUGCGGCAUGGGGCGCGUGCUGGACUCGGCGCUGCGCGUGCGCGGCGUGGACGGGCUGCGCGUGGCGGACGCGUCGGCCAUGCCGGGCCUCACCAGCGGCAACACCAACAUGCCCGUCAUCAUGCUGGCCGAGCGCGCCGCGGACCUCAUCAAGGCCGACUGGCCGUAGGCGCCGUACACUGCAAGAAAAAGUGUAGAUACACUCUCAGACUGUUAUUGACUUUUUGUCCUUUGUUAAAGAGUAUUUUACACAGCAAUAAAAAGUACUAUUUCGUCAAUAUCUAUGUAAGAUUUCGUUCGUUAUAUUGACUUAAAGUCAAUUUGCUAUUGACAAAGAGUCAAUACGCAAUUGACUUAAAAAAUUGUCAUUAAUUGGUGACAAUUUAGUCUUUAUAGUGAACAAUAUUGUACAUGGUUACAAAGGAAAUACUACUUAUUAUUGCUGCUUAAAAAACUACGUAAGCAAAGGACAAAAUGUCAAUAAUGGAGAGAAAGAAGUCAAUACGAGUCUGAGAGUG